GGUCCGUCAACUGGCCCCUUCGAGUUGAGGAGAAGGGACGAGACGCGACACUCACCUGCUGAGAAAGUUUGAGAUUCAUUUGGUUGGGUUUUAUUGGGGAGACGCGAUCUGACGCGCUGUCUCGACCCCUCCGCGCCCGUCAUGUCAUCGCGCAACCGGAACUCGCGCGGGCCCAACCGCAAUAGCGGCAGCACUCAGGGGGAAGAAGCGCAUCUGUGGAGCCAGAUCAAAGACGACAUACGGACGAUGGUGGACGGCGUCAAUAGCAGCAACGACUCUCUCCGCGCCAUCAUCGCCCAAGACAGCUACAUCGCUAAGAACAAGGAUACAGUCGACAUUGCCGCCGAGGAGCAGAAGCUCGACAGCCUACUCAGGAGCGGUGUCAAGGGAUCUGAUACGUCGAAGCAGCAGAUCGACGCGCUGAUCGAGCACGUCACUGUGCUGAGGGCAUUGGUUAAGGCCAGGGAGGAUGCCGAGGCGCAGGCGGCCGGCGCAUCGGGUUUGUCAGCCCGCGAGAGGCCGAGCGGGUUGCUGUCGGCGUCCAGCAGGUCGGCAUCAGCGCGAGCGGCUGCGGCUAGUGCACGUGAGAAGGACCGAGACAAGGACCGGGACCGAGACCGGGACCGCGACCCCGGUUCGGUGUACGAGUUUGACGGUUCCGGAGAUUCGCCCGUGCCGUCUCCGGUCGGGAGGAAACUCGGCGGCAGCGCCGGCGCUGGAAGCGACCGCUCGGCAAACCGCGACAGUGUCCCUCCACGCGGUGGAGACCGCGACACACCCGGCAAGGCCGACAGCGUGCCUCCCGACUCUGGAGGACUCGCUGCUACAGCGGCGCAACGAGCCAGGAUAUCAUUCUUCAAAGGCCAGGAUGUGGUCUUCAAGCCGAAACCGACGACUACGACCGAGAGCACGGAAUGGAUGCUUGGAAAGGUGCAGCAGGUGCUCGGCGAGGGCAAGUCACGGAGGUACAAGGUGCAGGACGCCGAUCCCGACCUGCCGCCGGACCAAAGGGUCGAGUACCGCACCAGCGCGAGCAGCAUGAUUCCAAUACCGCCAGCAGGCGUCGACCUUCCAGAGCUCGAGAAGGGGAAAACCGUGUUGGCACUCUAUCCCGACAGUACCACGUUCUACAAGGCCGAGGUGAUGGGGACAGAUGCGGCAACAGGCAAAGUCAGCCUGCGUUUCGAGGGCGAGGAGAACAAUGUCACGCUGCAGCUCGUCGAAAGGCGGUUCGUUGUCGAAUAUAGAAACUAG